AUGAUGGCUGCUGCAUCCAUAGCCUCCACGGACAUGGGGCUUCUGCUGCAAGAUGAUGUUUUUGCUGACUUCUUCAACACCUUUCUGAACCUUCCUGUUUUUGGCCAGACACCCCUUUACAUCAGUGGCACGGGCCGGUGGUACCUGUGGCCAGAGCUGCCGAGCCACCUGGCAACGCAGGAUCCCAGCCCCGCGGCUUUGCUGGCUUGGUUGGAAAAGCACCGGCUGCCUCACUUCUGCAAAUCCAGCCUGUGCCUCCACCUCGUCCUCUGCCAGAAGCUGCUGGGUUUCAUUCGCUCGGGGGAAGCAGGAGAAGAGCUGAUUGACUUCUGGCUCAUCACUGAAAGGCUCCUGGGUCUGGACGAGUCAGAUGGGAGUCAGAGGGACCUGUUCUUGUCCCUGAUCCACAGGCUGAGAGCCACUCACCUGCGUGAAGGCUCCAGCGUCGUCACCCUCUGCACCACCAUUGCUGGAUCUCUGCCGAAAGCCAGGCACAUCCAGUCCAUCAGCACCAGGAGGGACAUCCUGAGCAAGAUGCAGGAACAGGCCCUUAUCAUCAUUCAGAGUUACUGGCUCCCUAAAUUCUUUGUGCACUGCAAGAUGGGGAUGGAGGAAGAGGAAUCGUGCCAGCCUUUGCUCCAGGAAUAUCAGGAACGUUUAUCAGGGGCCUGCUGGCAGGAGCCCCCAGGCCUUUCAGAGCCCCUCCCCACGAUGCACAUCAAAAGGAGCCAGGGCGUGUCAGGGCCCUACUGCAGCCAGAAGGCCAAAGCAGAGAUCUGGGCUCUGGUCAAGGAGGGCAGAGACACCCAAGAACUGAAAAUGGCCACUUUUCAGGUGAAACCAGAGAAGCAGCCAGGGCCAGCUGGGAGCACGGAGGAAUUGUAUCUGGAUAAGGAUGCUUUGGGAUCGAUUCCCCAGCAGUCAGAGCAUCCUGCAAAUACAUCAUCUGCAAAUCCUCCACCUUUUGGAGGCAGAGGAGGAGUAACAUUUCCUGGAAGACCUCAGUCCAAUGCAGAGCAGGAUCUCUCUGACCUGCUUCCUUCUGCAUCCCUUGCCCGGCUGCCAUCCCUGAAAAAGCCAGUCAAGAUCUUGGAUUUCCUUCCCUGGGCCCUGAGAGGCGAGGCCUGUGCGGGACGACCCUUCAGAGAAUUCCUGCAGCGCCAGAACCGGCCCAUGGAGACUCAUCUCCUGGACCUGUGGUACGACUUGGAGGAGUUUCUGCCUGUGGUGCUGGACUCCAACAGAGAAAACAGCUUCUUCCUGCGCCAUUUGAUGGCAGAAAAUAUCUGCAAGACCUACCUGGAGGAGGACAACAUUGAGAAGCUUCCCUUGGAGACCAGGACUCUCGUGAGUUUGUGGGACCAUCUGAUAUGUGGAGAAUUCUCCCCCUGGAUAUUCAGAGCCCAGAAGGAGAUUUGCAAGGUGCUCUGUGGCCUCUACGAGGAAUUUCUGGCCGAUGACGACAGGACAUUCCUCCAGUUCAUGGCUCCAGGGAUGGAUGUCCCCAUACCCGAGGUGCCAGGCCGUGCUGCUGGCAGAGGGGAACAUUUCCACCUGUCCCAGAGGAUGAACCAGUCCCUGAAGCUGAGCCAGGCCUUGCAUGGCACCAGGAGCCUGGAGGGAGUCUCCUCCAAGCUCUGGCAGUUGCUUGCUGCUCGGGACCUCCAGAAAGGCGGUUCCAUCCAGGCAGAGAUGGAACUGCUCCUGGGCAGUGCUGAAUGCCAGAGGAUGAUGGCAGAUGAGCUGGCUGUGGGUAGCCCAAGCAAGGAAGAGGAGCUCCUGCAGCUCAUGAGUGCAGCACUGAGUGAGUCCAGGAUGGGCAGUUUUGAGGAGGAGGACGAGGAGGACAAGAAGGACGAGGAGGAAGAGGAGGAAGGACAUCAGAAGAAGAAUAAGCAGAAGCAGGAAUGGGCCUGGGAUGCCAUCCGGGAGCUUGUCAGGAGCUUCUGCAAGUUCCAGAGGGAGAUGGAAAAUCACAAACGCCGUGCAGAAUUUGAGGAGUUUCUCCGUCAGGAGCGAAGAAACGAGAGGGAAAACUUGCCUGUCAAGGAGAAGAAGAAGAAAAGUGCCGUGAAGGGCUCCCACAAGGGCAAAGCCCGGCCGGAAAAGGUGGCGCUGAUAAAACGCCGCAUUUUGGACAAACAGCUCAUCACCGUCAACUUCCUCGUGGACGACCUCCGCUUUUACCUGGAGAUGGACAAGUUUUCCAGGUUGGCUGACUGCAAGGAAGCUGUGGCACCCCUCAACGUGCAGUCAGAAAAGCGUGUUGCCUUUCUCAAAAAGAAACAUGACAUGAUCAGCAGACUUUUCCUGAACUCUGAUAUCCCCCCCAAGCUGCGGGUCAACAUCUCUGAGAAAGAGAAGGAUUCAAUCUGCCGUUUAUCUUCCAAGAAGCCACUGGCCCAGGCCAUCUACCACAACGCCAAGGUCACCCUCUUCCCCAUCCUGAUGUACUUCUGGAGAAGGUUCUGCAGCUGGAAGGUGAUGAGCAGCUACCGGGAGGUGAGGAGCUCUGAGACCCGUGAGGACAGGAGCUCUGGGCUCGCCAAAGGGCACAAGAAAUCCCGGGUCCAAAAGGAGGAGCUCAAACGGGGCAGGGCCCACAAGGAGGGAAAGGUUCCAGCCUCUUCACCUCCUGCAAAAACCCCCUCCAAAGCACCCAAGAUCCCGGAUUCCAAGAAGGUGGUGGCUGCUCCCUCUGCUACACGUUAUGCUCCAGGUAAAAGGCCUGUCCUUACCUUCACGCUGUCAGAGGGCCUCGAGCUCCUGGAACCACGGUCCCGGAAGAAAGCUGAGCCUUCAGAGGAGCAAAAAGAUCCAGAUCCCAGUGAGAAGAAGAGGCCCUCGGUCAGCGAGUCUGCCCCACAGGAUGGGCAGGUGGUCCCAGAGGUGCUCACCUCCUCCAAACCCCACAGCACAGGCUGGGGCUCCCCUUAA